GCACGUCCUGAACCUGCUCUCCCUCGGCAAGAACCCGAACAAGACUGGCGAGAUUUGGCAGCACCCCCCGCGCCGGCUGCAGGUGAUGUCGGAGUCGACCGACGACGACGAGGGACCUGCGCCCGUGACGCCCGCCUGCCGUCGCCCGCUUGUGCGUUCUCCGCCAACUUCGGCUUCGUCGUCACCUGGUGGGAUGUUCAGGAUCGCAGGCCUGUGCGGAAAGCGCAGGCCGAGCGACGAGGAAGACACCUCGGCCAAGAGGGCGAAGGCGUCUUCGACAGCCUCGUCGAGCUCCGUGCCGCACUAG